AACUUAUUUCCAGCUAUAACGUACCAUUAGUUGCGGGCGCGCGCCGCGUUCAGUGUGGUGCCAUGGACAAACCGGAGUACACGUAUGACCCCGUGCCCGCAGCGGGGGUGCACGGUGUGAAGGGACAGGUGUGGAGGCAGUUCUUCAUUGCUGCUAUUGCUAACAUAGGCAUGGCCUGCGGAGGUUUCUCCAUGGGUUGGACGUCGCCAGUGACUCUCAAACUCACAGACGUCAAUAUGACAGACACGCCCUUACCCAGACCAAUUACUGUGGCUGAGGAGGCGUGGAUUGGCUCCGUUCUGUCUAUUGGAGCUAUCAUUGGUGCAAUCAUAGCUGGCCCGAUAGCCGCCCGGAUCGGUCGCAAAUGGGCCCUCAUCUGCGGCACUGUGCCCCUCCUGUCCGGCUGGGUGUUCGUGGCCGCAGCCCCUACUGUGUACUACAUAUACGUCGGCCGUAUACUCUGGGGCGCGGGUAUAGGAAUGAUGUUUACAGCUGUGCCUAUGUACAGUGCGGAAAUCGCUACGAACGAAUGGCGAGGCGCGUUAGGCUCGUACAUCCAAGCGUCCAUCACACUGGGCGUCCUAUCCAUGUACUGCAUCGGGCCUUAUGCGUCGUACCGGACUGUCGCGUACGUGGGACUGGCCACAUUAGUGGCCUUCGAUGUCAUCUUCUUCUUCAUGCCUGAGACACCAUUUUACCAUCUCACGAAAAAUGACCGUGAAUCGGCCGCCAAAUGUCUGAUGGUGCUUCGUGGUCAAACUCGCGCUGGCGUGGAGGCAGAGCUCGAAAUUAUGGCCAAUGACGUUGCUGCCUCCAUGUCUAAGACUGCCACGAUAUGGGAUGUAUUCAAAGGGACCAACUUCAAAGCGUUCUACAUCUCCAACGCGCUGAUCUUCUUCCAACAGUUCUGCGGCAUCAACGCAGUUCUGUUCUACAUGAACACCAUCUUUGAGGCCGCUGGCGCUAACCUGGACUCCUCUGUGGCUUCUAUCAUCGUUGGCGUUGUGCAGAUGGCAGCGUCCUGCGUGACGCCGUUUGUGGUGGACAGAUGGGGUCGAAAGGCGUUGCUCCUGUGGUCCACUUGUGGCGCUACUAUUGCCUUGGCGUGCCUCGGCCUAUUCUUCCUGCUGAAAGAACAGCACAGCCCAAUAGUGGGUUCCAUCGGGUUCCUUCCCAUCGCGUCCCUGAUGUUAUUCAUGUCAGCAUGCUGUACGGGUCUGGGGCCCGUGCCGUGGGCUGUCAUGUCAGAGGUGUUCCCGAUUGAAGUGAAGGCUGUAGCCGCGCCGAUUUGCACGGCUUUCUGCUGGAUUCUGGUCUUCAUUGUAACUGGAUACUUCGGCCCAGUCUCGGACGCGCUGGGCAUGUAUGUCGCGUUCUGGAUCUUCGGCGUAUGCUGCUUGGCGGCCUUCUUCUUCGUUCUAUUAUGUCUGCCGGAGACCAAGGGGAAGAGCUUCUCGGAGAUCCAGGAGAUACUGGCUGGGAACAAAUCACCUGGAAAGGCAUAAUCGCUAAAAGCAACACAUUCCUACAGCACGGACAUUAACUGACUGCAAGUUAUUGUACAAAUAUAAUUUUCUCAAACAUGGUAUGAAAUAUUGAUGUUAUAUGUGCCUUAUAAUUGGCAGCGAAGUAUGACGUUGCAGGUGCGGCUAGGCCGAUUGAUAGAUAAUGGAAUUU